UUCGUCUGUAUUCGGCGAGUAUCUAAGUGAGGCAUUAAUAUUUAAUGACAUUAUAUCUGUCAAAAACAUUGGUAUAGUGUUUAUAUAAUUAUACGAGUAUUAUGGAUUAAUACUUUUGGGUUUAAUGAUGCUUAGAAAAGUGGUGAUAAGUUCUAUGGGGGCUAUUGCUUUGGUUCCGGUUAUCAAAGCGGCCGCCCCUAUCAACGAGGCAUCAAAUGGUCCCGCGAAGCCUCCACCCAUGCGGGUAUCGGAACUACCAUUAUAUGAAACCCCACAUGCCGAUUAUGCUGAGUAUCUUGAAGCCAAAGCCCAUGAGCAGAAGACAAGUUACCUAAAAUCAGCAUUAUUACCUCCAGUACGUGCUCUAAGAGAACAAGUGCAAACAUUUGUAGAUCAGACAGAUUUCAUCAAACACUCCAUUCAGGAUAACUACCACGAAAUCCAGGAUAAGUCAGAAUGGAUCUUUAAGUAUUUGCGCGAGGAAGAAAAUAAAGAAGUAAGAUAUGGAGCUGUUGCAAUGGGUGGUCUCACAGGCUUCAUAUUUGGACUCAGGGGUGGAUUUAUUAGGAGAAUGAUAUAUGCUGGUGCGGGCACCACAGCAAUGGGACUAGUUUGCUUCCCUGAAGAUACUAAAGAAAUUUACAAGAACAAUUCUGUCCUAGCUAAGCAGUACAUCAAUAUUGCAUAUAAUUUCUUAUAUGGAGUGAAACCAGGUGAUCCACAGCUAGAAGUGAAAUUCCCAGAGUUGUCUUUACCUAAAGAUUUCUCGGAAUUUGUCGAGAUGACAGUUUCAUUAGCUUCAUCCUUCAAACAGGCUGUAAUGCCACCACCCAAGGAGGUUCCUGAAGUUUCUAAAUCAUCAGAGAAAGCUGAAUAGUGUCUUAAGCUAUCUUCACGAGAUGGGACAUCAUGUUAGUGAAAAUAUUUAUGGCAAUAAAUUAAUUUAGCUAAUAUGGCUAAAAUGUUACAGUGAUAAUAAACGGACAUUAAAAUAAAUAAAUGAAAUAUUUAA